AGAACGAAAUACCGCCGAUCAGGUCUUGUACAGUUCCGUAUAAUACAGCGCAUUACCAUACCGAGCCGCCGCUCCCUGCGCCGCCCCAUAUAGAUAGGAAGCCACUGCCACUGCCACUCUCCUUUCGUUUGCUCUUUUCAUCUCCCCUGCGGCUGGCGUCCUCUCAUUGAAUUCUUCUUUUCAUCCUCAUCCUCGUCGUUGCGGGAGAGAAAAUAUAAGGCAACGAAUAUUUCCUCUUGCAACCUUUGAAUCCGGAUUUUUUUGACCAUUCUCUGGUCUCUCUUCUCCGUCCCCCCCCAGUCACCAUGGCGCCGAACAAGCCAGUGCUCCAUCCGCUCAAAACGCCCAAGUCGAUGACUUUUCCGUCGGAGCUGAAGGACAAGACCAAGAGCGAGGAUAGCAGUGCGACUCCAAUCUCGCCGCCGCUGGCGUAUACCGAGUUUCUAAAAGCCCUCACGCCCAUCUUCACCAGCCCUGUCAGUGCAGGCGGCGCCUUCCCCGCCUUUGCCUGUUCGCCCACCUCGACCCCGUCCAGUGCAACCAGCCUGUCCUUCUCGGCCACAGGCAGCGCAAAACCCUCUUCCUCCUCCUUUUCAUCGACCUCUCCUCACUCCUCAUCUUCCUCAUCAUCUGCCACCUUGUCGGGGAAAAAUCUCCCCCCGGCGUCACCUGCAACUGCACCCAAGUCGGCCCACUCGGCGAGGCCGGGCCCUCUACGGCGCCUGCGCAUUCCACUGUCGGCAGGCUAUCCAUACUCGCCCACGCUCGAGUCGCCAAGGUCAGCCAGCACACUACGAUCACCGUAUUCGGCAAUCGAGUGGAAGACGCGGUAUCUGGAGUCGCAGUCGCCGCGUAGCGCCACCGGCAGUAGGCAUGUCAGCGUGCGGCAGGUUGUUACUCGCACCGUGACCUACAAGCGCACGCCGCUUGAGCCGCCACCCAAGGGGAAACGCAGGAAAACGUCAAACGAAGUUGAGGCAGAGAAAUAGCCAGAUCCAAUCCCUCAUUAUUUAUCGCGGGGGAAGGGGAAGGGUUGCGGUCCUAAAAUCGGGUUCCUUUGGUCUACUCCAUUCGCCAUUUCAUAUCCUUCUUUUUUUUUCUUUCCCUUUUUCAACCCACUCUCAUAUCUCAGCGAUUUGCUCUAUCUUUGUUAAU